GAGAAAAAUAUGAGAAAGAGAAUAUGAUUGACUCAUAAAAAAUCCACCCUCGUGGGAUGGAAAUUUGUAGAACGUAGUCAACAAGGGAACUGUUGACUCGUUUUGGAAAGAAGUGAGCUAGUCAAGAGCGUUCAUUUUCUUCUUGAUUAAAGAAAUUUCUUGGAAAGACUCGGUACAGAAAACAAAGAUCUAUAAAACCCUCAUUUCUCACCUGCAUUUCUUGCAAAAUUUACAGUAGUAGCCAUUGCAAAGAGCAGGGGAAUAGUUUGAGUAGAGGCAGAGUUUUUUUAUGGCUUGUUCAAGAGUCAAAGGUUAGCAGAAAAUUGAAGCUUUGGCUGGAAGAAUAUUUUUGUGACAAGAAUCGCUUCAAAAGAAUUAUGAAUUCUUCGCAGGAAAAGACAGGAAGAAAGCCGCUGCAAGGUUCGAGGCCGGCGCCACUCAGGGUUUCGCGAGAAUCGCAUCAGGUGCGGAAGCCGCCGCUGCCGAAUCAAUACAGACCGCCGGUUAUUAUUUACGCGCACUCUCCCGAGAUAAUCCACACAAAUGUCGGAGAAUUCAAGAAUCUUGUCCAGCGGCUCAUAGGUCAAUCCGCCAGCAACCCUGAUUUAUAUUCUCAGCCUCCUCCAGCGCCGGCGCCGACGGCUUCGGCAGGGAUGGUUUUUGAGGCCUCUCACAGUCCUUACCCUAACAAUUUUAGGGUUCUUAACAGCGAUCUUUCGCCAUUUUCUUUCCCACAAAAAGAAUCUGAGAGUUUUAGCGGAAACGAUUCGCCAGUGUCUCCAAAUAUUCCGAGCAAUUUGUUUUCUCCUUUGUCUCCAAACUUGUUCCUGCCCUCUCCGCGCCUCUUAUCUCCCGAUCUUUACAAAGAUUUGCCUUUAUUCACACCGCAGCUUCAGUCAGGUUACUCUGAUCAUUUCUUCUCGCCGGGGCAUGUUUUCCACAAGCAAUCGGAACUUUUAUUUACUCCCCCCCCUUCUGUUAGACCGUACAUGAACAUAAACGCUUUGUGGUCUCCAUCUCCUACUGGCUUUGAUCUCUUUAAUAAUCGGCCAUAAGGGCUAUUGAGUUUCUUUGAAAGCUCAUAUUUUCCAGCUUGAAGUUUGUCUGAAUAUGUAUCAAUGGCUAUGUAAGAAUUGGCAAAGCAAGCCAGGACGUUAAUCACUAGGUCUCUCUGUACAUUUUUUCUUAUUUCUCUAAUGGAUGACGUCACUUUAUCUGCAUUUA